UUUUCACACGUCUUGGCUGCUUAUGCAGAAGCGGAAACAAUUUGAAAUUUUCCAUCGAUUUCUUUGACAAAACGUGCAAUUUGACCUUUUUCAGGAAUGGAAGACAUUAAGGAAGCUCUAUCCCUGCAGGAAUUCACAACCAAUUUGGACAUGUCAUUAUUGCCCCGAAUCCUUCAAAUCUGCUCGGGCGUUUAUUUCCAAGGCUCAGUGUAUGAGCUGUCAGGGAGUGAGGUGUGCUUGUCUACUGGAGACUUGGUGAAGAUCAUUGGUGUAGAACUCUUGUCCGUCUGUUGUGAUGAGAUUGGUGCUAACAGCACAUUUGAACUACCAUUAAACCACUCAGGUCUGUUCAAACUAGUACCUGAAGGUCUGCCAUACAGUUCAAUAGAGGAAAUGGUAGGUCUGCAGCCUGUUGGUUUGGAUGCCUGUGGCUCCUUCACCUUCGUCAGCAGAAACCAGCUGAUUAUAGACAACUUCACAGUACCAGCAGGAAGUGAGAUAACCAUUCUGUCAGUGGAGCAUUCUGAGGAUAAGGAGAGCUACAGUCGCUGUAAGCUGACAGGACAACAGGGAGUCUCAGCAGAGGUGCAUAUCCCCCUCUCAUGCCACGGAGAAUUCUACGAGUGUGAGAAUGAUCAUGGCUACUCUCUUCAGGAGAUCAUGCUCUCAGCGAGACUGCGCAGCCGACGCUUCCGCAACACAAAGUCGAAGAAAUGUGGCAGUCCCCUGUUUUUUAGCCCCAUCUAUCAAAUUCAAGGCAUCAUGCACAUGAGGAAGGAUAUUGUGAAGUUCCCAUCUAGUCUAGAAGUGGAUGUGAUUGAUGUGACUGAACAAUGUAAAGAUUUAACAUUUGUAAUACCUAUAUCAAUAGCUGAGGUACCUAAUCAACCAAAAGAGACCUUUCCUAUUAUGGCUGAGAUCUUGGAGACUCCAGAGACCAGUCGGUUCUUUUGCUCCCAUUGGUUCGAACAGCUUCAAAAAGGCAAGAACAUUGUGUUGCAUAGGUGGGAUAAAACACCAAUGUUGAUAGCUUGCACCCCAAAAGGGAGGAAAGCCCAACGGUACUUCCUGCUUUCCCAUGUCUAUGGUGGUCAAAUGCGGAGAAAAGCAAGAGAGUUUACCUCAGUGUUUGAGCUCUAUAGGGCAUCCACUCACUUGCCAAGUUUGACAGUGAGUGUGACAAGAAACUGUGAGGCCAUUGAGGAGGAAGGAGUGCCUGCUCUCAGUGUUGGUGAGCAACUGGAAGUUCUGAGACUACAGGCAAUGGAAGUGCCAGGAAACAAAUUAGAAGCUGUAUCAAAUAUGGACUGUCUGAUCUGCAGAAGGAUCUUGGAAGAGGAUGAAAAUGAUGAUGAAGACCUUGAGGAUCAAGCACAGGAGGGGGAGAUCUGCUUGCCUCUGUUCACUCCAGCCCACUUUGUAGAGAAACUUCCAGACAAGAAAAAGUAUUGUUUAGCAGAACUAGGCCAACAUUCCCAGUUACCACUGGAAAUUAAGGUGGUGAGUCGUGAUAGAGUGCUGGAAAAAGACCCGCUGGUGGAGUUACCAGCACUGAGACUGGAAGAUGCUAUUGAAGAGACUACAGUACUUGCCAGUCUUUCUGAGCACCCAGAGCAGUGCUUUGAAUUGCCUAUCCGCUGGCUACAAAUGUCUCUCUCCUUGAUCUCCGACCCCUUGCCCUGGCAUAACAGUCAACCCCCUGAAUUUUAUAUAGAGGCUGUUACUGAAAUAACAGAUCACUUGUACCAUGAAUAUCACAAAUUUAUGCAGAGAGAUGAGGCUCCUCCUCCACGCCCUCCUAAGCGUAAAUCGUUAAUCCCAAAAACAGAGAAAGGGCCUAAAGAGGCUAUGCCAGUCACUAAAAGCAACACUCUCCCAGCACAACUGGCCACACUGUCUCUUGAGCAGAUAAAACCAAUCCUCAGAAGACGUAGCCCUCCUCCACCACCAUUAGGACCAGACAAAACUGAAAGCUCUCCUCCAGUGGUUCCUAGAAAGUCUAUCACAGAGAAUCUGAGCAAACCUAAUACAUAUGUGAUGACCCCACACAUGCAGAAAAAGGAGCAAACAGAAAACAUAUCUUCAGACAGUGAGCAUGACUAUGAAACUCUGGAAGAUAUAAUAAAUGAUGCUCAUGACUGUAUCAUGUUCUAUUAAACAUAUUCAAAUGGAAAUGGAAGAAGGAAGCCAAGCUGGAACAGUGAAAUCCUAUUUAAUGUACUCAGCAAACUCAGUUUGAUUUAAUAUUAAUUUUAUUAGCCAGCAGCAAAAUUAAACCAUUGUAAUCUCAUUAGAAAAACACAUUACAUACAGAAAAAACAUGAAUUUAAAGGACAUGUAGUUUUAUAUUAACAAUGUUUAUCAGAAUGUUUGUUACUGUGUCAUAUAUUGCUAAUAAACUUCAAGAAGUUAUUAUACCUACAUGAACACAGUUGUUAUAUUGAAACUGAUCUGGCUAGUUAUUUCCUAACUCUUAGGCCCCGCAUUUUCUUCACAAAGUUGUAGUCUAUAGUCUAUAGUAGGUGUUCUAUUAGUCAUGAUAAUGUGUUGGAA